GGCAAUACAACUCUGUGUUCACAGGACAUCAUACACAGCCUGCUGCCCAUGUGUGUCCAACGGCUUGAAAGACCAACACUCAGCCGCCAAGGCGGUAAAAAUCAGCUGAACCAAUUGACCACUUGCUUGAGCCGAGCAUCGUGCUCCUUAAAGCAUUCCAUUCCACCCAUACACCAGGGGAUGCCAUGGCUAUUCCCGCAUCCUCGGCGCAAUACAUAAACACGUCUCACUCCCUCCCCUAUGUCUCUCUGCAAAAAUGUCUCUGAGAGAUGGAGCUGAAAAAGAAAUGACCGCAUUCAUGUGCGGGGAGCUUCCGGCAAGGCAAGGCAUGGAUUGGAUGGAUAUGGACAUAAAGAACGGGUAGUACAAAUAAGUACAUAAACCACAAAUCCAGACUGAGGGCCGAACACACAACACAACACGAAAGUAUGGAAGCCGCGAAGGCGAUGUGAAGUAGAGACACGCAAGAGAAAAGUACGUCGCGCACAGACGGCAGGCCCACUGUCAUCACUUUGACGCCUGCACGCUGGCCUCUAUCGAAUUGCAUACCUCGCGAGCAGCUCAACAGCUACGCAGGCAGGCGCCCCCCCUCUCGCUCUCUACCCCCCUCUCUUCUCUCAGAGUGGCCCCGCCCCGAGGAUCAAAGGGAUCUUCAGCCCCUCUGGCACGACCUCAGACUCCCUAGUAGACACACAUACACACACAGAAUCAUACACUCACUCACAGUGCUGGCUGUGUCGGUGUGGGUCUCGCGUCUACCAGACGUAGGUGAACUUGCCGACGGUGAUGGAGUACAGAAAUAGCCUGUCGCCCAGGUCGUCGAUGAAGUCAAAGCCCAGUCCAAAGUCCUCCGUUUCGACCUCCGCAGAUCCCUGUGGGAUGCCGUCGCCGCCCACACCGGCGCCCACUUGGACGUACGUGACGCCCAGGACGCCGAAGCCGACCUGGAUGAACACCUCUGUGUUGGCUGGAUCGGGGAAGUCGCCUAGAACACACGCACGCACGCGCACACGCAAACGGGACAGAGCCAGGUGGAUAGACCAGACGACUCGUCCAUUCCUUACCAUUGAGAACCAACUGGUAUCCGUCGCCCCAGUUCCCUGCAGACCACGGAUACUCACAUGUGUCGGGUUUCUGGGUGCGUGGCGCAUCCCCUACCCUGGAAGUCAGUCUCUCUCUCGUCGAAGUCCCGCAGCACGGAGAAUUGAUAUCCCAGAACGCCGACGCUGACGGCGUAUUCGGUGUCCUGAACAUCUUGCCCCACUGCCACCGCCACCGACUUGUAGCCCGCAAACACCUCCGUGGCAAGCUCCUCAUCGUCAUCUGUCGUCGGGUCAUCGAAGUCGUUGAAGUCGUGCCUUCGGGUGGACGAUGAGAGGACGGAUCGAGUAUGAAGUGCAUGAGAAUUGUUAGUGUCUGCUGAUGUCUGACCUGACGGCGACCUCGGUGUUCCUGACUUUGACGCGCUGCCCGUAGUCUCUGUCCAGGAUGUCGACGUUGGUGCCCGUCUCAACGCCCCUCGCCACCACCUCGACCGCUGUCUGACGGUCGUCGGCGUCUUGGUCAACCUGAUCGAGGAAACAGACGACACCAAGGGAUGAUGAAUGGCCUCUCUCCUUACCUCCCCCCGUCCAUCGAUGUGUUUUUCUACUUACUCGGACACUGUAUGCCCCGUACGCGACGCCCGCCCCCGCCUCGGCGUCACUCUCGUCCGACGAAUACGAGAUCGCGAACUUGCCCACUCCCGCAUUCACGCUGACCUCCCGCUCCUUCUUGCCGACCCCCACGCCGACGAAUGCCAAAUCGUUGCCGACCUGCACUGCAGUGUCGCCGCCGGCCUCGAUGUCUCUCCCCCAUUGAACGCUCCAGUUGUCGUAGACAAUCUCGUUGGACACCUCGGUGAUGAGGGUCUGAGUGCCGGCACGUGCCCAUGGGUUCUGCGCCACGGUUCCGAGAGCAGUAGGGAGAAGACCUUGGCCUUCCACCUCCCCGCUGGUCGGCAGCGACGUGACGACUGCGGGCUUCUGUACUGCUCCCGCGUCUGUGUCAUUCCAUGUCUGUAGCCUCCUCCUUCUCUUGAGGGCGGUCUUGCUGAAGCGGCAUUGCUCAUCCACGGAAGUCUUCUGGGCGAAGGCCGUCAUCAUGCACUGGACCUUGAUGCUGUCAUGGCCGUGGAGAGACAUCGGCUUCAUCGAGAAGACGAUCCUGCCGGGGUCUUGCACGCGCACACGGAAGUCCAGCUCGUCGCUGACAGGGCAGCCAUUGACGACCAGAUGGUGGACGCAGGCAGGGUCGGUGCUCUGAUAGCCUUCGGGACAGAGGGCGUCACACAGCAUGGGCCAGGGGUGGAAAUCGCUCCCGACGACGCUCGACUCAAACACAAAGGAGCUGACACAUACACACACACAAAGAGUCACGCUGCCAAAUGGAAGUUGUGUGAAGGAUUGCAGACCCUCACGCUUACUCGUCGUCGUUGGGGAUGUGGAUCGUCAUAUUCUCGCCUGCCAAAAGGCCGCUGGAGAGCAUGUGCCCCUGGGCUACAGCCUUCAUCUCGGUGGCCAGCGUUUUGUUGCCGUCGAAGGCAAUCAGCGCCUGUGUGCUGCUCUCCCACCUGGCCGUUGGGUGGCACUGACCGGUCUCCUUGUGGCACGCACAAGUGACGACGGCAUUGUUACUCGCACCAUACACGCGGAGCACCUGCACACAAACGACAGACACAGGCAAUCGCAGGUAGGUCAUUUCCACAAACUACAGGCAGGCUGUUCUCACUCACGUUCGUGUGGUAGACAUAUCGGUCGCUUUCGCUUGUCGCCAUCCCGCACUUCCCCGGCCAAGCAGAGAAGUCCACAGAUGCGAUCAGUGCAUGCGCAGGGGAGAAGAAGUCCUCAGCAAAGGUGGCGCCACAAUCGGGGUCAGCAGUGCUGUUGCGGAAGCCCCCUCGCCGGGCGCCUGAGAGAGCCGGGUCGCUCGCGACGGCCACAGCGGCGGUCAUGCGCUUGUCGGUGCACCAGGCGACGGGAGGGAAUCCCUUGGGAACACCCUUUUUCUUCAGCCAGUCAGAAACAGACCACUUCUCCGUUUUGCCUUUCCCCGCCUCCUUCUCGGCUGCCGUCGGUUGUCGCCCAUCAGGAUGUGCAGAAGCAGCCUCCACAGCCCCCUUGUCGAGCCGCCGCGCUCCUGUUGCCGUUGCUGGAGGAGACUCGUCGUUUCCUCGGUCGCUGUAUGCGUAGCUUCGGGCGUGGACGGAGAUGAGCAGCGACACGGCGACGAAGGGCAGAUAGUGCAUGACAUUGACGGUGAGUGAGGGGCCGAAAAGGGGCGGGGAUGGCAG